AUGGAAAUGACGAAUGCCCCUCCCGAGUACUCGGAUUCUGAUGCUCCAAAUUGCUCCAAACAAGACAUCCCGCCGGUUUAUUCUCUCGAUGUUGCGAAUCUUGUUGAUCCGUGGAAUAGGCCUCCGCCGCCGGCCUACAGCUUGUAUUUUCCUGAUGAUGGGCAGUCAAUCGAUAGAUGUGAAACAGAGCAGUCGAGUUGGGAUUCAAGUUUUCUCGACGAGAUCCCAACGAACCUCGGUAGGCUGAUCAUUGUCGAAUCGCGAUCCUACUGCUGGUGCUGCAUCAUCCUCUUCAUUCUUCUACUCGUCGUACCACCACUUCUCGGCAUCCUUCUCUAUGUCUUCAACGGCCUUCCAAGCUUCUAA